AUGGAUUCUGCAUUGUUUCCAUAUUUUCAAAACCAAUUAUAUGAAUCUCUUGUUUCGACAACAAAAGCUGUUAUUAUUAUUGGAUCUCAUGAUAUUGAUUUUUACCGCUCUUUGAAUCCUCAUUUUGCUUUAUCGUUAGCUAGUUGUAAUAAACGACUUUUAGAUCUUGUGAAUUCUUUCAUUCAAUUUGCAUCAUCUGGAAAAUUUGGAAAAAUUGAGGAUUAUGAGGAUUUAAAUUAUAGAUGGUGGGACAUAGUAGAUGUAGUUGAUUCUCUUCUUGAAAAGACGGACAUGUCACUUAAUGAAUUUAAUGAAUUGACUAAACAACUUAGUCAUAAAACAGAUGAUGAUAUUUUAAAAGAUCCAAAGAAAAAAAAGCUUGCUUAUAAAUUUAUUCAUGCGGAAAAUGUUUUGAGGCCUCAGCUUCGUUUUUCUACUGCGCCUGAUAAUGACCCGAAUACGCCUUGGAGAAGGAAGAUUACUGUUAAACCUAAUGCUCUUGUUCCUUUAAACAGAAAAAAUAUAUUAAAACCAUUUUCUAAUUAUGAAUUAAGUUCCUCGCAUCCAUAUGAAUAUGAGAUUAAUAAUAUAAAAUAUUCUCAAGAAUUAUUUAAAGAAAAAAAACCUAUAGAUCCUAUUCCAUUUAAUGAUUCUAAGGCUAUAUGGGUUAAUACUAUUCAACUUUUAGAAGAGAUGGUUAAAAAUUUAAAGAAUGCAACAGAAAUUGCUGUCGAUUUAGAACAUCAUGAUUAUCGAUCAUAUCAAGGAUUUGUUUGUUUAAUGCAAAUAAGUACUAGGAAUAUAGAUUGGAUAAUUGAUACUUUGGAAUUAAGAGAAGAAUUAGAGAUUUUAAAUGAAGUUUUUACUGAUCCUAAUAUUAUGAAGGUUCUUCACGGUGCUUCUAUGGAUAUAAUAUGGUUACAAAGAGAUUUCGGACUUUAUAUUGUUGGACUUUUUGAUACAUAUCAUGCUACAAGAAUUUUAGGAUUUGAAGGGCAUGGUUUAGCAUUUUUAUUAAAAAAGUAUGUUAAUUUUGAUUCUGACAAGCGAUAUCAGUUAGCAGAUUGGAGAAUAAGGCCUUUACCUGAGGAAAUGUUUUCUUAUGCUCGCUCCGAUACCCAUUUUUUACUUUAUAUUUAUGAUCAAUUGAAGAACGAGCUGUUAAUAAAAUCAACUUUAUCUCAUAAUCUUUUAUUAUCAGUUUUAUCUGCAUCUAAUAAUGUUGCUUUAAGAGUUUUUGAAAAAGACAAAUAUGAUGUAGAUGGAUUAGGUGUAGAUGGAUGGAAAAAUAUACUUCAGAAAUGGAGCAAUUGUUUAACAAGUGAUUUGCAGGUGUCUGUUCUUAUAUCUUUGCAUCAAUGGAGAGAUAAAGUUGCUAGACAGGAAGAUGAAAGUGUUAGAUAUGUUUUGCCAAAUCACAUAUUAGUUCAAAUAGCUGUAAAUUGUCCAGAGGAUGCUUCUUCAGUUUUAUCUAUUUGUAGUCAUAUUCCUCCUUUAGUUCGUGUUCACGUAGAUGAAAUAGUUCAAAUAAUUCGUUCAACAAAGCAAGAUGAAUUGAAAAAAAUAUCUUUAUUGAAUAAGCUAGAAAUUAUUCCCUCUCAAGAUUCAUGUUCUUUUAAUAAUUCUUUUAUGGUAAGGAAUAUUGAUUUUGUAGAUCACGGCAGGUUGUUUCAAAAUGAUAUCACUAAUACAAAACUUAUGUAUCUUGUUGCUAAAUCGUCUGUUUUUUGGAGUAAAGUUAUUGAAAAUUAUGGUAUUAGAUAUACAGAAGCAUCUGCUAUAAAGAAUAUAUUAAAGGAUAUGAGAUUAACUGUGCAAUUACCAUUGCUUUCGGAAAAAGUUUUUUCAGAUAAAGUUUUAGAUUAUAACUAUAUAUCGAUAAAUAAAGAUGAUGUAAUUGUUGAAAAAAAUGAUUUAAUUGACAAUAUAUCUAUUGAGAAAACAGGUUUAAGUGCUGUUUUUUAUCAUUCAUUUGCCAAAAGAAACCCUGAUCAAUUAUUAAAUAACCAGAAUGAUAAUAUUAUUACAGUUAAAAAAUUAGGAAAAAAACAAAAACGGUUUUUCGAGGUUUCUGAAAAUAAGUCUAAAGAUCUUGUUACUGAAAAUAAUGAUCCUUUGAGCACAUAUGAUAAAAGUUUGUUAUUAUUAAGUAAUUUUGAUGAUUUAAAAGAAAAGAAAAAAAGGAAAAAAUCAAAUAAAAGAAUUAAAUUAUUAGGGAAAGUUUCAGAUUGCAGUGGAAAUUUGGAACCAUAUGAUUAUGAAAAAGAUCCUUCAUUUUUUAAUAAAUUAAAUGAUAACUAUCGAUUAAAAGAUGAAAGCAUAAAACUUUAUCAGAAUAAUUUGGAUAGUGAAGUUGAAAAACAUCUCAAACCAAAAUGCGAAAAUGCACCAAGGAGUGGUUUCCGUAGUAUGAUUUUUGGGAAAUAAAGUGUAUAUACGAUAUAAAUAGAAUA